AUGGCGACGCAGUCCCCGCAGCCAUCGUCGGUGGACGAUAUCACCAAAACGGCCUCGUUCAAGGCUGUCGAUGACCCCAAUAAGUUACAGGGAUACGCGUCCGCUCCGGGGGUUAUUGAUGAAGUCACUCGUGUGGUAGACCACAAGGCUGAACGGCGCCUCUGUCGACGAUUCGACUUUCGUCUGCUGCCUAUCCUUGCAAUCAUGUAUCUGUUCAAUGCCCUUGACAAAGGAAAUCUGGGAAAUGCCGAGACCGCUGGGAUGACCGACGACCUUCACUUCAAGCCUAACCAAUACAAUCUUCUAUUGUCAAUAUUCUUUGUACCGUUUGUGAUCUUCGCGCCGCCUUUCUCAAUGCUUGGGAAGAAGUUCAGUCCGGCGCGUGUGUUACCAAUCCUGAUGUUUUCCUUUGGCUGUUUCACCAUGCUCUCAUCGGCCGCGCGCAACUUCGGCGGCCUCUUCGCUCUACGGUGGUUCUUGGGCAUGUCCGAAGCAGCAUUUUUCCCAUUGGUGAUCUACUACUUGACCACCUUUUACCGCCGUGGCGAACUAGCUCGACGCUUGGCUAUCUUCUACGCUGCCUCUAACAUCGCGAACGCCUUCUCUGGAUUGAUCGCAUUUGGUGUGUUUCAAAUCCAGGGGUCGAGCAUUCCAAACUGGCGAUAUCUGUUCAUUAUCGAGGGCGCCGUCACCGUGCUCUUCGCAAUCUUCGCCUUCUUCUAUCUCCCCAAGAGUGCCGCCGAGGCUAAAUUCCUUUCGGAAGACGAGAAGGCAUUGGCAUUUCAUCGCAUCCAGGUUGAUUCGAGUGCCGUGGUGAACGAGAAGUUCAGUCUACGCGAAGCUCUUGUGAUUUUCAAACACCCCACUACCUAUGUUUUUCUGUGUAUUGAAAUUUGUCUCGGUGUCCCCUUGCAAGGCGUUGCCCUCUUCAUGCCGCAGAUUGUCGCACGCCUAGGCUAUCCGACUGUCAAGACCAACCUCUACACAGUGGCCCCGAACGUGACGGGUGCGGUCAUGCUGCUUGUUCUGGCAUUCCUCUCUGAUUGGACACGACUGCGAUCACCAUUCAUCGUUCUCGGCUUCCUACUCACAUUUUCCGGGUUCAUGAUCUAUGCGUCCAUCGACGACGUCCAUAGCGAGCUGCAGGUGGCUUACUUUGCCACUUUCAUGAUGACCUGGGGUACCUCAGCGCCGUCAGUCAUGUUGAGUACAUGGUAUAAUAACAACAUUGCACAUGAGGGCCGCCGUGUGCUUCUAACCAGUAUUGGUGUCCCAUUAGCCAAUCUGAUGGGACUGGUGGGCAGCAAUGUCUUCCGUGAGCAAGAUGCGCCUAAGUAUAUGCCCGCAUUGAUUACGGUGUCAGCAUUUGGCGCGACAGGUGCCUGUCUAGCGGGUCUGCUAGCAUUGUAUAUGUGGCUUGAUAACAAGCGGCGCGAUCGGCGCGAUGGUGUGACUAUCCGAGCGCGGGAUAUUCCUACCGAGCGAAUGCGAGAUGGUCCUGCAUCGCCCGAGUUCCGUUGGUUCCUUUAA